GGUGUCACUGCGCAGUUUAGGUAUAUUUGGCCGGCGCACCGCCCGAGACGGUGUAUGGCAGUGGGCUGCCGCUCGGCCCGCACGAUAGCCGUGUCACGUGGCGCUCGCGCAAAAUUGAAAAUACUUACGCAAUGGCUUCGAAACCUAAAUCGCGACCUAAUCUCUAUAAAAGAUAUUGUUCCGUUUACGGGUGUCUGAAUAAACGGAAGAACAAGGAAGCAGAAAACACAUUUUUUAAAAUUCCGGACGAUAUUGAAAGACGACAAGAAUGGCUAACAGCAAUCGACAGAGAAGAUUUACUGGACGAAAAAAAAAAGAAGGCCAAAAAUAACUUUGUUUGUUCUGCACAUUUCGAUGACUCUGCAAUCAUAACUUCUACUUCGAAGCGGCUGAAAACUGAUGCGGUACCCACGAAAUUAUUACCUGAUAAAUCUCAGAAAAAUAUUCCACCAGACGCUCCUCUUCCACAGACCACAGAUAUUUUGUCUCACUUACACAAACCCACAAAGAAAGAUAAAAUAUUUGUUUCCACUUAUAGUCACAAACAAUCACAAACCGAUACCCAAGAACAAAAAGAAAUAGAAUCUGAGAUCGCCCCACCGAAUAAUAAUAAAUCAUUUAAUGAGUCGAAGCCCAAAUCAACAGUUCUAUCUAAACCUAAAACAAAUGCCUUACAAUCUCACAAAAAAGUACGAAUAUUAUCAAAUAAAAUAAUUAAAAUUGAAAAACCUGAGCUUGCUUGUACUUCAGUGCAAACCGAUUUAAUUGAAACAUCAAAUAAAAUGACCCAGACAGCAUUAGCCUUAUCUGACAAAUCCCCACGUAAAAGAAAACUGAAAAAGGAACUUGUGAUUGUUAAAUGCCAACGUAAGCGAUUGGAGCAAGAAGUUUUAAAAAUUGAAAAAGAGUUAGAAGCAAAAAAUGCAUCUUUACUCUCCAGUCCCGAAGAGGAAGUCGCUCAACGAUUUAUGAAAUUGGUUGAGUGGCAAAACAAAAUAAAAAACAAAUUCAAAGGCAAUCGCUAUGAGGCGGAAUUCAAAAUAUUUGCUUUGAAUUUACAUUACGCUAGUCCACAUGCAUAUCGUUGCCUCCAAACUGUUCUGAAGCUUCCCAGCAAGAGUACAUUAAACAGAUUAAAAUUGAAAAUUCCUCCUAAACUUGAUGACCGUGUUCUAAAUAGUCUAUCUUUAAAAAUUAAAUCAUUACAUGCAAAAUAUUGCACUAUUUGUGUAGAUGAAAUGGUACUCAAACGACACUUGUAUUAUGAUACAAAAAAAGACGAAGUGGUCGGAUUCCAUAAUAUAAACGGUACUAUAUCUACAGAAAUAGCAAGCAAUGCUUAUGUUAUAAUGCUACAAGGUAUAUACUGCAACUGGAAGCAACCUAUAGCCUACGCUCUUCUAGGAAGUACUAAACAUUAUGCUGACUUAGAUUCGUGGAUGAAUGAAGUAAUAUCAAAACUUUUUGGUGUGGGUAUAGAAGUGAAAGCCAUUAUAUUAUAUAAAAAAAGUGACCGUUGAAAAGCCAUACUUUUUUGUUGAAGAGCACAAAAUUUUCUAUAUUUUUGAUGUGCCCCAUUUAUUAAAAUGUGUGCGUAAUAAUUUAUUAUCGAGCAAUUUUCACUACAAAGAGGACGUUAUAUCUUGGGAUCAUAUUAAAACACUCUAUGAACACCAACAAGAUAAGAAUCUAAGAUUGAUACCUAAAAUAACGAAUGUUCACGUAGAACCGAACAACUUUCAAAGGAUGAGGGUGAAAUAUGCAGCUCAAAUAUUUAGUCACACGGUAUCUGCUGCGCUUGAGACGUAUAUUGAAUUUGGUAAAAUCUCCGAGGAGGCUAAAGGAACAGCAAAAUUUAUCAAAACAAUGGAUGACUUAUUUGACGUCCUAAAUUCCUCAAAAAUAAAAUCUGCCAAAAAAUAUCAAACAGAAUGACUCCUGAACAAAAAUUAAUUUUACAAGAUGCUCAACACAUGUUUGCCACUAUUAAGUCUAAAAAGCGUAAUACACAAAAAGAUAAUACUAAUCAGAUAAAGACGUUCCAUAAUUUUCAAAUAACCAUUCAGGCAGUAUUACAACUGUUUGAAGAUUUAAAAUCAGAGGGAUUUAAGUACCUAUUUACAAGACGGCUAAACCAAGACAGUUUAGAAUUUUUUUUUGGGUCUAUUAGACAACAAGGUGGUUCAUGCUCUGAGCCGACACCUAUUCAAUUUACUCGAGCAUUUUCAAAAUUGUUUUAUGUCAACAUGAUGAAAAGUGAUAACACUAACUGCGAGACUGACAUUUAUGAUAUGCUACUUAAAGCUGAGGAUAUAAUUAACAAAAACAGUUCUAAUCCACCCGAACAAGCCAGAACGUCGCUGCUAGCCUUAAAUGGUGAUAUUGAUUAUCAUAUAGAUUUGCCUGAAGCUAAUGCUCUGACCUACGUUGCAGGUUUUUUACUUUUCAAAUGUUCUAAAAAACACCCGAGUUGCCAAGAAAUGUUUAAAAUGCUUGACUCAUCACUGGAUUUGGACUAUACAAGGUUUACUCACUACAAAGCUUAUAAUAAAAGUAAAUCAUUUUAUGGAAAUCUUAAGAUGCCUUCUCAGGAAAUGAUUGAGUACGUUCAAAAAUUAGAGAAUGCAUUUACACACAAUUUUAAGCACUAUUUACACGGAAAUCCUGGAAGUGAAAUAUAUAAAUUACUGCAAGAGAUUCAAUUACCUACAUUGCCAUGUUCGUGUUUCCCUGUGGACUAUUUAUUAAAAUUGUUCGUGAGACUUCGUAUAUUUUCGACUCUGAGAUUUAAUAAUCGAAAUUUUAAAUUGGGGAAGAAAUCAAUUAAACAAUACUUAAAAGUAAAACAAUUAUAAGAUAAUUUUGUAAUAAACACAUUAGAUUUUUGUAC